AUGAUUAAUGAUGAAGCAUUAAUUUAAAGAACUUUUCACAAAUUUAGAAUUGAGGAAAUAGAAUUCUAUGUUAACAUUUAACUAAUGAUUCAAAAGACCUAGGACUAUGUAGCAUAUGUAGCUAGUCUAGUGAAGAAUUCUCCAAAAUAUGAAAAUAUACUUCUUUAUGUUUACAACCAGUCUUGGGGUUAAAUGCCAUUCAUUAUAAACAACUACUAAAAAUUUUCUAUUGUAAAUAAAUGUCCUUAUAUUUUAAAACAUUACGCCAUAGGAAUAAUCAACACAAUAGUAGGACUUGCUACUUCGUUUCAUUCUGGUAUCACAAUCUAAAAAGCAUUAUAAAAUGGUUAAAUUACUUCAAAGUAACUUUUAGAAAGUUUAUAAAUAUACAUGAAAGGAAUUGAGUAUCUAUACAACAACAAGAUAAAUCAUGAUAAUGUAAAUUUGUAAAAUAUGCUUUUAAUUAAUGGUGAAAGCGAUUAACAAGAGUAUACAGCUGUCUUAGGCCCAAUGAAAAUAAUAGUUUUAAAAGAAAAUAUUUUUGAGAUAAAAUAUAAUGAUUUCCAGUAGCUGGGAUGGGCACUCAUAUAACUCUUUUGCAAGUAUUCUGAUCAAGAAAUUCAUAGUUACAAAAAACAACACUCAAGAAAGAAAUACAAAAAUGAUUCGAUUCCUGAUAAUCUUUUGGAAAUAUUAAAUAAUUUGAUAGAAAAGCAAUUUACAUCAGAAGAAGAUUAUUACAAAAAUCAUUAUGAGUAAACAUGCGCCUAAUUCUAUAAAAUUUGUAAUACUGAAUCUAUGCUUAUAUUUACACAGUAAGUAAUAAACAGUUACAAAUAAGAAUAAUAAAACGAAAAUAAUAUACAAAAUACUAUCUAAAACUAAAUAUAAUCUGUUACAAUGCACUCAAAUAUAGAGAGGAAGAAAUAAAUAUUCUAAAAUCAAAAAUCAUAUUUAUUGAGUAGCUGCUAUUAUAAAUAGGAGGAAUUACUUAGGGCUGAAGUAUUUGGAGAGGAAUAAAACUUUGAAGAAGCAAAUAAAAUUUAUAGAAAUUUAAUAAAUCUUAGUCAUCAAUAAGACUCUACUCCUCUCUACUAUUUAAGUUACAAUUUAAUUGAACAAAAUUAAUAGUCUAAUGAAAUCAUAGAAAACUUACUAAAAGCUAUAGAAAUUAAUCCUCAACAUAGCUAAAUGUUCCACUGCUUAGGUUUAUAGUAUUUUAAUAGAAAAGAAUUAUCCUUGAGUAUGAUCUACAUAGAAAAAAGUCUAAAACUAAAUAAUUUUAAUGCAGAUUGUUAUCAUACUUAUGGGAAAAUAUUAGCAUAAAAUAAGGAUUUUAAAGCUUCAAAAUAAGCUCUUUUGAAAAGCACUUAAAUAAACCCUGCAUACGGAGGCUAUUUCGAUAUUGCAUACGCCAAUAUCCUAUUAAAAUUUAGGCAACCUUUAUGA